AUGCGGAAGGUGAUCUUCUCGUCACCGCGAAUCGCCAGUACAAGUGAUUCUCUCGACUCGGCUAUCAAGAUGGAUCGCGAUCAGUUGCUGGGGCUGAUCGUCCUUCAGACCGAUCGACAGGGCUGCAUAUCGCGUAUACUCGUCAACGCUAAGAAGAACGGUGAGGACAAAUCGUUAUUUGGCUUGGAGAACCGACUCCAUAUUCUGGAUUCAUACUGGUCUCAGUACGAGCGAGACCAUGCUAUCAUCCGGACGUCUCGGGACGAGGUGAUACGCUCCUCCGACUACAUUAAGCGAGGCAGUUACGAAGACACCUCUGAAGUAUACAUGCUCCGCAAAAUGGAGCUUCGUACCCUGAUGGAGGCAUUCAAUGGUUCCAGGGCGGGCGGUGCGGCGGAGGAGACAGCGCGCCCCCCGCAGGCGACCGUUCCCGAAUUGUCGCUCCCACGGAUCCCGAUUCCCACGUUCAACGGGGACUUCGAUCGAUGGCGAUCAUUCCGGGACAUGUUUAAGUCCCUCGUUGGGAAUAACGCAGCGUUGCAGGACAUACACAAACUGCACUACCUGAAGCAGCACGUUACGGGAGAGCCUGAGCAACUCUUGCGCAAUUAUCCGGUUACCAACGACGGAUUUCGCGACGCAUGGAGCGCAUUGUGCGAGCGAUACGACAAUACGCGCCGCCUUGUCAACGCAUACUUGAAUUCGUUUUUCGACUUGCGACCUAUGAAGCAGAAGUCGGCCGCGGAGCUUCGGUGCCUACUUGACCGCACCUCGGAAAUACGGUCGUCUCUCCGCCAAUUGGAUCGGCCGGUGGAAACUUGGGACGACGUGUUCGUCAAUCGAACCGUCUGUCGUUUGGAGGCGGCCUCGCGUCGCGAUUGGGAGAAGGCGACAAAUAGAGAGCGCGAGCCGGUCUCUUGGGAGGCCUUGGUGGAAUUUCUUGCGUCUCGCCUCCGAGAGCUGGAGGCGGUCGACGGAGGCCCUCGCUCCUCCACUGACGGAGGCCGAGGUGCCCUCCCUCCGGGAUCCGCGAACGAACGUGGGCACAGCGUCCGUACGCACCACGUGGCGGAGGCCACGCGUAGGCCGUGUGCGCACUGCAGGGGGAGCCACCCGCUUUGGGACUGUACGGCAUUUAAGCGACUGGCAACACAGGUACGUCGGGAACGAGUGAUCGGUUGGGGACUCUGUUACAAUUGUUUGUCGCCUCAACACCAGGCGAGCCAGUGCCCCUCGGGCCGUCGUUGUCGGGAGUGCGGUCAGGCGCAUCAUACCCUUCUCCACUGCGCGGAAGAAAAAACAGGCUCAUCCCCUCCAGGUGCCACCAUCUCCGCCACCGUCUCGGCCACCUCAGUGAGGCGAAAUUGGCGUCGGGCUCCUAGACGCGCUUUGUUGGCGACGGCGCGCGUGUGUCUCUCCGCCUCCAACGGUCGUUCGACCAUAGUCAGGGCUCUCAUCGAUACAGGGGCAGAGGUCAAUCUGGUGUCGGAAUCCGUGGUCCAGCGACUCCGGGCUGGUCGGCGAGCUGUGCGCAUGGAACUGGCGGGCGCGGCGGAAACCCCGUCUCAGGUGGUGCGCGCCAUGACAACCCUUCGUCUGUCAGCUGCUCAGAGAGAAAAGUGCGAACUACCUCUUGAGGCGUUGGUGCAUCCGAGGUUGACGGCGUAUAAACCACCACUCACGUCCAUACCCCGUAAUUGGACGCACCUUGAGGGUCUGUCGCUCGCAGACGACGUCACGGGCCUGUCUCGCAUUGACGCGGUUCUCGGGGCCGACAUCUACGCCAGUAUCAUAAGGCCCGAGUGGCAACGGGGUGAGGUUGACGCGCCCAUUGCUCAGUCCACCAGCCUAGGAUGGAUCCUGAUAGGCUCCUUGGGCGGGGAGUCCGGGACGGUUCGGGCCCACUGCCACGUGCUGCGGAAUGCAAACGACGAGCUCGGCUCCCAGCUGCGACCUUUUUGGGAAGUGGAGGAACUACCUCCCACUUCCAUGUUGACUCAGGCGGAGUCGGCGUGCGAGGAAAUCUUCCGGGACACGUAUGGCCGCACCGAGGACGGGCGUUACAUGGUGCGCCUACCGCUGCGAGCGGACCCUCGACUCGAGUUAGGCGACUCAGAGCGAAUAGCGCGGGCAACACUCCUGCGUCUGGAGCGUCGUCUCGCUACCCAGCCGGAAUUACGGGCUGCGUACAUCCAAUUUAUGGACGAGUAUGAGCGGCUAGGGCACAUGACUCCUGCUCAGUCCGUUCCAGGGGGGGCACAGUUCUGUAUCCCGCACCACGCGGUCGUGAAAACAUCGGACCGGCCCCUAAAAAUUAGAGUCGUAUUCAACGCCUCGCAACCCUCCUCCUCGGGCCGUUCACUGAAUGAUUUGCUGCAUGUGGGACCUCGACUGCAGUGCGAUCUACGCAGCGUUCUCCUUGCCUGGCGCCUCCAUCGAGUGGCCUUUGCGGCCGACAUUGAGAAGAUGUUCCGGCAGAUCCUCGUACACGCUCGGGAUCUAUCUCUCCAGCGGAUACUGUGGCGCAGGAGCCCCUCCGAUCCGAUCCUCGCCUACCGCCUCAACACGGUCACGUACGAGACGGCCAGUGCUCCGUACCUGGCCCUUCGGGUCCUGCGACAGCUUGCUCAGGAUGAGCAAAAGGCGUGGCCUCGAGCUGCGGAACUCAUCCGCGCCAACACUUAUGUGGACGACAUCCUGGCGGGAGCGGAUAGCGAGGCCGAUGCUCAGGCUCUCCAAGGGGAGCUCAUAAACCUUCUGAGGGCUUCAGCCUCAGAAAAUGGGCUUCCAACUCGGCGGCUGUACUGGAGUCCAUAUGCGAGGAGGAUCGAGAGCCGCUGA